CCGCCGGGCGCCGGCGCGCAGCCCGGAAGUUAUGAGAUCAGACACUACGGCCCCGCCAAGUGGGUCAGCACUUGCGUUGAGUCCAUGGACUGGGAUUCAGCCGUCCAGACGGGCUUUACCAAACUGAACAGCUACAUUCAAGGCAAAAAUGAGAAAGGGAUGAAGAUAAAGAUGACUGCUCCGGUGACAAGCUACGUGGAGCCCGGCCCGGGGCCUUUUAGUGAGUCUUGCAUUACCGUUUCCCUGUAUGUCCCCUCCGAACAGCAAUCCGAUCCGCCCAGGCCCUCAGAGUCAGAUGUCUUCAUUGAAGAGAGAGCCGCAAUGACCGUGUUUGUACGGUCUUUCGAUGGAUUCUCUAGCGCCCAGAAGAAUCAAGAACAACUUUUGACAUUAGCAAGCAUUUUGAGGGAAGACGGAAAAGUCUUCGAUGAAAAAGUGUUCUACACUGCGAGCUACAGCAGUCCUUUCAAGUUGCUUGACAAAGAUAAUGAAGUGUGGUUGAUUCAGAAAAACAAAGCCCCCGAAACAAACGCAUGAGACGGCGAAAGGAGGCUCACAGCUCAGUCAAACCUUCCUGUUCGCAUCAACACCCCCGCUAGAGAAAGCCGGCGUCUAGUCAGUCCUUCUCUCUGGGGUCCCACCACAAAGUGCUCUGAUUUCCCAUGUACCUUUCUGAAUGCUUGAAGCUUCCCGUAGAUACACAGACCCGAGGGACGGAUCUGUAAAUGUGUAAGCCAGCCAUCUCUGAUGGGCUGUGUUUCUGUGAGGAACCAGGAACUAUCGCGUUAUUUUCCCCUUCUUUACCAUAUCAUGAUCAUGCGGCCUCUUCUACUUGGGUUUGGAUCGGGUGGAUGUUAUCCCUGUAUAUAGUAUCAGUAAAAACAUUAAAGAUGUGUCCUGUGUGGAA